AUGUUCUCGCCGUCCUAUUUCCGCUCCGUGCUGGGAGCUACCAAACGAAUCAAGGUCACCAAUCUCUUCCGUCCUCUCUCAACUUCUUCUUCUUCUUCCUCCGAUAUACCUCCAGAGAUUCUAUCAGCUAUACAGAAAGGCAGUGGGGAAUCAAGCUCCGGAACUCCUGAAAUAAAGCGAGAAGUCUUUACCGAGCCCGAACCAGAUAGUAAACCACAAGAAUGGAAUGACCGAUUAGAAGUCUACAAAGAAAAGUUUCGCUUGCCCAAAGCCGUUCAGGCUGCGUACAUGAAACCUCUAAAGCGGAAACCGGAAUACGGUUUACCAGUUUGCAACCUACAGCUCCGCUCGUACAGCGCACGCCACGUUGAAUUCUUUGCUGAUUUCGCACUCCGUGCCGCUUACUACCUUAACAUCCCCGCCUCCGGACCAGUACCGCUACCGCGUAUAGUUGAGAGAUGGACUGUCAUUCGAAGUCCCUUCGUACACAAGAAGAGCAAGGAGAACUUUGAACGUAUAACAUGUCGAAGGCUGAUACAGCUUCAGGAUGGCCAUCCGGAAGCCGUCCAAGCGUGGUUGGCCUUUUUGAGAAAACACGCCUUCCACGGUGUUGGUAUGAAAGCAAAUGUAUUUGAGCAUGCUUCUCUAGAUGUCGGAAAGGAGAUGGAUACAGCAGCCAAAAGCCUUGAGAAGGCUCUUGAUGAGGAACUUGCACAUUUUGGAGCAAAGAAGGGCGCCGAGUUCCCAGAAUCCCUUGCUUCUAUGCUUGAAAGAGAGACACAGACAAGAACAGCUGCACCACUCACAGAGGGGCGAAAGGGCUGA